AUGGAUGCGCUACGCUCUCGAGCUGCGCACUCAGUCCUGGAUUUGUGGAGUUCCACUUUCCAGGAUCCAACCUACCGAGGCUCUGAAUUCUUAGAGCUUCAACAGCCUGAUGGGCGGCCGCUACAGCCAUCGUACCUCAAUGGGGGACCUUGGCUUUCAACCUUCGGACACAGUAUCACUGAGUUCGCUCGCGUUUGCUGGUGUAUAACUGGCCACACGCCCAUUGGAGCGUACUACCAACGCUUCAAGAUCAACAAGCCUCAUGGCUGCACUUGCAGGGCUGCUCUGCAGUCCUGUCAGGAUAUUGCAUCAUUUAUGAAGUACAACCCUACGGCAUUUAGGUUCAACCGAGACCCCUCAGGUGUCGGAUAA